UUGUUUAUUUAUUAUUUCAUUUCAGAGCGUCAUCUAAACUUUUGACACAGUGUAAUGCUGUGAACCUUUGCACUUCACAAUGAAAUAACACCCUGCUGGCAGUUAAACACUCCUUCCCUCUGUCCACAUUUCCUCAGUUACCCAGAGUGGCUCCUGUGACGUAUUGGUUUUCUGCUCGGCCUCCUCCUUUAAGCGUCGCAGCACACUGUUGGCAGUGUUCGUCCUUCCUCACUCCCUGCACACAAAGCAGCUGGCCGUUUUAUUGGCCUUCGAGCAGGAUCAGCUGAAUCCAGGCCCUUUAUUGGGCAGUCUGUGGUGUUAGCGUGAGAGGCAGAGAAAAGGCCUGGUACGAGCGCUCAAUUUGACUUCCUGAAUUCCACCAGGGUCCUUUCAGAGACGAAGGGAAACAUGAAGAAGACCCUCUUUGGGAAGCAUGUGCUGGUGGGGCAGAGGAGCAAGUCUGCCUCUCUUUGAGUUUCUUCUUCCGAACAGUUCAUCAGGAGGCUGUUCAGAGUUGCAUCAAUAACAUGACUGGGCCUAAUUUUAGAUACAAAAGGAAACAUAGGGGCGGAGUUGUGUGAAUGUGAGUGUAUCCGACAUGAAACGUAUUUGCCAAAAUAUGUUAUGUUCACAAGUAAAUUAUUUAAAAGCAGGUACAUGAUUCAUUUUUGUUUUGUUUUGGGGAAAUCCCUGUCAUCCACAUGUAUUGUCAUCUAUUUACACAUUCUCUUUUCCCACAAUUCAAAAUAGCAAUUUUGUUGAAAUUGAUUAAGCUACUUUUCUUUGGAGUCAGUUUGAGAUCAAUUUUCUCCUAUACUGUAGUAGAUAUAGGCCUGCAAUGCACGGUGUGCAUGCUCGUUAAAUUUUGCUUUGAUGGACUGAAGAUAGUUCAAUCAAACCUUGCAUUUGCUCUUUCACUCUCUUUGAAAUAUUGAUUAGCUGGUCAAUCAUUUAGUAUAUUCCAUAAUGGCGUGCACUUGUGUUUACUGUGGUCACUGUUGAAUCAUUUUCUUUAACAUGUAUUUAUUUUUAUUGGACGGUCUGGUUGCAAUUCACAAGAUUAAAUACCUUCAAAUUCCCUAUCAAUAAUAUUUGAGAAGAUUAAGUGAAUUUGUGUACUCUGAAAUGGGGGCCUGAACACUGAGCAAUCGAGAAUAUGCAGACACAGUUGUGUUCAAGAUGGGGGGCUUACUCAACUAGGAAAGUGCCCCAAACUCUGAUGCACGCAAGCCUCAGCUAUUAUCGUCGGUAUUGAAACAGUUCGAAAGGAUCUCCGCGUGAGACUUAGUGGAAAACGUCCAGCGACGCUCAAGUAGUUGAUGGCACGAGAGUAGGGUAGUUAGCAUUCUACCCUGGACAGCGACAGAUUGUUGCGCAUGCGCACCCUAUUGAGCGUGCAUCAAUACCAUGUGUGAGUUCAAGAGAGGAAUUCGAGAAAGCCUUUGAUAUGGUCGCAGACAUGGAUGGAGAAAAGCGGAAAAGAAGUAUCUGCUCACGGCAAGAGCCAGCAGCUGCACUGAAGAUCUUGAAAGAUGGGAACAACAAGCGUGACGAAAUCCCUGAUAGAGUGACUCUGAAAAAAGAAAUAGGACUUUUAAGCGCCUGUACAAUAAUCAUAGGGAACAUAAUUGGUUCUGGAAUCUUCAUCUCUCCUAAGGGGGUUCUAGAGCACUCGGGUUCAGUGGGUCUAGCAUUGAUUGUGUGGGUACUAGGGGGCUGCAUAGCUGCCCUGGGUUCCCUCUGCUAUGCUGAGCUGGGGGUCACCAUCCCCAAGUCAGGGGGGGACUACUCCUACGUCACAGAAAUUUUCGGAGGCCUUGUUGGGUUUCUCCUCCUAUGGAGUGCGGUGCUCAUCAUGUACCCCACAACCCUGGCUGUCAUCGCCCUCACCUUCUCUAACUAUGUCCUUCAGCCUGUAUUCCCCGACUGUGUCCCUCCCUACAUGGCCACACGCCUGCUGUCAACAGUCUGUCUCUUGCUCCUGACCUGGGUGAACUGCUCUAGUGUGCGUCUGGCCACCAGGAUCCAGGAUGUGUUCACGGUGGGGAAGCUGGCGGCCCUGGGCCUCAUCAUAGUGGUCGGCCUGAUGCAGAUCUGCAAAGGCAACUACGAGGGACUGACGCCUCAUGUGGCUUUUGAGUUCAGCAGGACUCCCUCAGUUGGGCAGGUCGCUCUGGCUUUCCUCCAGGCCUCUUUCGCCUUCAGUGGAUGGAACUUCCUAAACUAUGUCACAGAGGAAGUGGUUGAACCGCGACGGAACCUACCUCGUGCCAUUUACAUCUCAAUCCCAUUGGUGACCUUUGUGUACACGCUCACCAACAUCGCCUACUUCUCCGCCAUGUCACCUGAGGAGCUGCUCUCAUCCAACGCUGUGGCCGUCACGUUUGGAGAGAAGCUCCUAGGGAUGUUCUCUGUCAUUAUGCCCAUCUCGGUAGCCUUGUCCACGUUCGGAGGCAUCAACGGCUACCUCUUCACCUCCUCAAGAUUGUGUUUCUCUGGGGCCAGAGAGGGACAUCUACCCAGCUUGCUGGCCAUGAUCCACUUUAAGAACUGCACCCCCAUCCCAGCUCUCCUCUGCUGUUGUACUGCCACCAUUGUAAUCCUGUGUAUAGGAGAGACACACAACCUGAUCAACUAUGUGUCCUUCAUCAACUACCUCUCCUAUGGAGUCACCAUUGCAGGCCUGCUCUACUACCGAUGGAAGAAGCCCAAACUUUACAGACCAAUUAAGGUAAACCUCCUUGUCCCUGUCACCUACCUGAUGUUCUGGGCCAUGUUGCUGGGCUUCAGUCUGUACUCUGAGCCAGUGGUGUGUGGUGUUGGGCUGGUCAUCAUGCUCACUGGUGUACCAGUCUAUUUCCUGGGGGUGCACUGGAAAUCCAAGCCAAAGUGUAUCUAUGACUUCAUCGAGUCAGCAACCUACGUGGCACAGAGGCUGUGUUUCGUGGUCUUCCCCCAGUUUGACCCCAUCGAGAUCAGUCCAAUCGAAGAAUGGCCUGACAAAUCUUCCAACAUUCUCUCUGGGAAGUCUUAAACUCUUUUUGCCAUCUGAAGUAUUUUUCUUUUUGUAUAUUCUGUCACUGUAUGAUGACAUGGUCCAUUCCUUUUAGUGGAGCCCCUUGUCUGGUCUUUGGUCACCUGAGACUCAUAUCCAUUUCUUUACUGCUAAGUGGAAUUGCCUGCGUGUUGAUGCAUGGGCCACUUGCAAAUGUUUUUCUUCUCUUUUUCUACUAAGUCACAUACAAGCUAAUGCCAACAGUAUCACGUUUUGAAACGGACUUCAUAUUCCCGAAGGAACUAUUUGUGCCUUUUCUGUAACUUUUCAACAUUGGCAGUAUUUUGGUUUUGACCUGAGAUUUACUGUGUAUCACUGUGCCUUAUAGGGAGAAAUGUGUUCCUUACAUGCUGACCAGAACGGACACGUCGCGUGCGCGAGUGUCGCAAAAUUAAUUUAGAUAUCCAUUUUAUUCAAUUAUUGCACCCACACUGCUCGCGCCGCACCAACGAGUGUCUGCGUUGCCAAGGGCUGUCUAAAAUAGAAGUCAUUCCUAUUUCUGACGCCGAUCGCGCUGAAAGUCCUGCCUCUCCCAUCUCCUCAUUGGUUUAUAGAAGCAGGUACCCACGUGACAUCUCCUCAUUGGUUAUACCCGCAUGGGUGAUUGAAAGACGAACUUUGUUGCCGGUUGUCGUGGUAAUACAAUGAAAGUUUCGAUGCGAUCACCAUAUAAGUUCAAAGAUGAGAAAGCCUGGAAGGAGGAGAGAUGACUAGAAACGAUUCGGUUGGCCAUUUUAUGUGUAGAUUAAUUGUCGGAGUAGAGGUCCUUGUGCAUUUCAGGUAAAAUAACAACUAAAUGUUUUUAUCCCAGGACAAAUAAGCUAGCAACAGCAAGCUAGCUAAAUAGGACAAAUUAACGUUAGCUAGCAAGUGCAAGCUAACUAGCUAAAUUGCCACACAUGUUUAAUGCUUUUCGACCUGUCCCCAAAUUAAUGUAAUUGGUUCAGAGUUUGUUUUGAUAUUUUAACCUGCGUGUCGUGAUCGCGUUUGGUGUGGGGGGGGACAAAAUAAAUUUAUGCACGAUGGCGCAACCGGUUUGGGUUCCGUGUUAUUAAUUAAUAUUAUCUCUUAAUGUAUUUUGGAACGCAUAACGCUUUGUGUGUUCCUUAUGAGAAUUAGACAAAUCACUGGUCUUCCAUGUUCUGCUUCUUGCCAGUUGUUAAUUUGCUACAUGAAAUGGGUUCCUCGGAUUUGUGAACAUAUUCAGAACUAUCUGUGAACAUAGACUUCAGAGCCUUUGACUUGAUUCCUUUGGAAAGUAAUAUUUUUAGCCAGCAGCAGCAAACAAGAUAGAUUUGUUCUGAUUGUAUACUACUGAAUGAUAGAUAGGCUGUAGUUGAGGGUCACUGUGUUUUUACUUAGUAUAAUGCUUGCCAUUGCCUUUUACACUACUGAUUCUAUGUCAUAGUAUAAAUACACACAACUGUAAUGUUCACAGCUGACUAAAUGACCCAAACUCCAGUUUAUACGUGGAAGUAAAACUCCUCACAAAAUGCUUGCUGCACUAUUCUAAUGUUUGUUUCUAAACUAAGAUUGUAAUAUCAACUUAACUUAUUUUAUGUUUUAUUUCUACCACACUUAAAACUAAACAUCCUUACAUGUGCUGGGAAACUGACAAACAUACAAAAGGCAUUUGCUUUUCCAUGGGGAGUACUGUACUGCCAUUGAAUUUCUCGGCCCCAAACAGAGUUCUUUAACAACUAUGUGUUCUUCAUUCAAUACAACAAACUUGUGAUUUGUUGUAUUUCUUUAUAAAUAGAUGUGAAUUGGCAUACCUUGAUUGUACUAAAUGGAUAGGUACAGUGGCAAGAAAAAGUAUGUGAACCCUUUGGAAUUACCUGUAGUUCUGCACAAAUUGGUCAUCAAAUUUGAUCUUAUCUUCAUCCAAGUCACAACAAUAGACACACACAGUCUGCUUAAACUUAUAAAACACAAACAAUUAUAUCAUGUCUUAAUUGAACACACUGUGUAAACAUUCACAGUCCAGGGUGGAAAAAGUUUGUGAACCCUUGGAUUUAAUAACUGGUUGACCCUCCCUUUGGCAGUAAUAACCUCAACCAAACUUUUUCUGUAGUUGCGGAUCAGACCUGAACAACGGUCAGGAGGAAUAUUGGACCAUUCCUCUUUACAAAACUGUUUCAGUUCAGCAAUAUUCUUGGGAUGUCUAGUGUGAACCGUACUCUUGAGGUCAUGCCACAGCAUCUCAAUCGGGUUGAGGUCAGGACUCUCCAGAAGGCGUAUUUUCUUCUGUUGAAGCCAUUCUGUUGUUGAUUUACAUCUGUGUUUUGGGUGAAUGUCCUGUUGCAUCACCGAGCUUCAAUUGGCGGACAGAUAGCCUUACAUUUUCCUGCUAAAUGUCUUGAUAAACUUGGGAAUUCAUUUUUCCGUCGAUGAUAGCAAACUGUCCAAACCAUGAUGCUCCAUCCACCAUACUUUAUAGCUGGGAUGAGGUUCACGUUGGUGUGCUGUGCUUUAUUUUUCUCCUCACAUAGUGUUGUGUGUUCCUUCCAAACAACUCAACUUUAGUUUCAUCUGUCCACAGAAUAUUUUUUCCAGUAGCACUGUGAAACAACCAGGUGCUCUUUUGCGAACUUCAGACGUGCAGCAAUGUUCUUUUUUGACAGCAAUGGUUUCUUCCGUGGUGUCCUCCCAUGAGCACCAUUCUUGUUUAGUGUUUUACGUAUCGUAGACUUGUCAGCAAAGAUGAAGAGUCACUCUAUGAUUCUUAUUAACCUCAUUGAGUAUUCUGUGCUGUGUUCUUGCAGUCAUCUUUGCAGGACUGCCACUCCUAGGGAGAGUAGCAACAGUGCUGAACUUUCUCCAUUUAUAUACAAUUUGUCUUACCAUGGACAUCAAGGCUUUUAGAGAUACUUGCGUUAACGUUUCCAGCUGUAAGUCAACAAUUCAUAAUCUUAGGUCUUCUGAGAUCUCAUUUGUUCAAGACAUGGUUCACAUCAGGCAAUGCUUCUUGUGAAUAGCAAACUCAAAUUUUGUGAGUGUUUUUUAUAGGGCAGGGCAGCUCUAAACAAUAUCUCCAAUCUCGUCACAUUGAUUGGACUCCAGGUUAGCUGACUCCUGACUCCAAAUAGCUUUUGGAGAAGGCAUUAGCCUAGGGGUUCACAUAUUUUUUUCAACUUACACCGUGAAUGUUUAAAUAAUGUAUUCAAUAUAGAAAAUAAAGAUACAAUAAUUGGUGUGUUAUUAGUUUAAGCACAAUGUGUUUGUCUAUUGUUGUGACUUAGAUGAAGAUCAGAUCACAUUUUAUGACCAAUUUAUGCAGAAAUCCAGGUCAUUCCAAAGAGUUCACAUACUUUUUCUUGCCACUGUAGAUAAUUAUAUACUGUAGAUAGAUAGAUACAGUUGAAGUCCAAAGUUUACAUACACCUUAGCCAAAUACAUUUAAACUCAGUUUUUCACAAUUCCUGACAUUUAAUUAUCGUAAAAAUUCCCUGUUUUCGGUCAGUUAGGAUCACCACUUUAUUUUAAGAAUGCAAAAUGUCAGAAUAAUAGUAGAGAGAAUGAUUUAUUUCAGCUUUUAUUUCUUUCAUCACAUUCCCGGUGCGUCAGAAGUUUACAUACUCAAUUAGUAUGUGGUAGCAUUGCCUUUAAAUUGUUUAACUUGAGUUUGGGUAGCUUUCCACAAGCUUCCCACAAUAAGUUGGGUGAAUUUUGGCCCAUUACUCCUGACAGAGCUGGUGUAACUGAGUCAGGUUUGUAGGUCUCCUUGCUCACACGCGCUUUUCCAGUUCUGCCCACAAAUUGUCUAUAGGAUUGAGGUCAGGGCUUUGUGAUGGCCACUCCUAUACCUUAAAUUUGUUGUCCUUAAGCCAUUUUGCCACAACUUUGGAAGUAUGCUUGGGCUCAUUGUCCAUUUGGAAGACCCAUUUGCGACCAAGCUUUAACUUUCUGACUGAAGUCUUGUGAUGUUACUUCAAUAUAUCCACAUCAUUUUCUUUCCUCAUGAUGCCAUCUAUUUUGUGAAGUGCACCAGUCACCCCUGCAGCAAAGCACCCCCACAACAUGAUGCUGCCACUCCCAUGCUUCACGGUUGGGAUGGUGUUCUUCGGCCUUCAAGCCUCCCUCUUUUUCCUCCAAACAGAACGAUGGUCAUUAUGGCCAAACAGUUCUAUUUUUGUUUCAUCAGACCAGAUGACAUUUCUCCAAAGAGUACGAUCUUUGUCCCAUUUGCAGUUGCAAACCGUAGUCUGGCUUUUUUUAUGACGGUUUUGGAGCUUCUUUCUUGCUGAGCGGCCUUUAAGGUUAUGUCGAUAUAGGACUCGUUUUACUGUGGAUAUAGAUACUUUUGUACCUGUUUCCUCCAGCAUCUUCACAAGGUCCUUUGCUGUUGUUCUGGGAUUGAUUUGCACUUUUCGCACCAAAGUACGUUCAUCUCUAGGAGACAGAACGAGUCUCCUUCCUGAGCGGCUGCUUGGUCCCAUGGUGUUUAUACUUAGGUACUAUUGUUUGUACAGAUGAACGUAGCACCUUCAGGAGUUUGGAAAUUGCUCCCAAGGAUGAACCAGACUUGUCGAGGUCUACAAUACUUUUUCUGAGGUCUUGGCUGAUUUCUUUAGAUUUUCCCAUGAUGUCAAGCAAAGAGGCACUGAGUUUGAAGGUAGGCCUUGAAAUACAUCCACAGGUACACCUACGAUUGACUCAAAUGAUGUUAAGUAGCCUAUCAGAAGCUUCUAAAGCCAUGACAUAAUUUUCCAAGCUGUUUAAAGGCACAGUCAACUUAGUGUAUGUUAACUUCUGACCCACUGGAAUUGUGAUACAGUGAAUUAUAAGUGAAGUACUCGGCCUGUAAACAAUUGUUGGAAACAUAACUUGUGUCAUGCACUAAGUAGAUGUCCUAACCGACUUGCAAGACAUUUUUUAAUGAGUUUUAAUGACUCCAACCUAAGUGUAUGUAAACUUCAGACUUCAACUUUAGAUAGAUACCACCAAUUACUAAAGGAAAAUAUGUUAUGCCAAUUACCAGAUAAAAUGAUUUAGAAUUAAGAUACACUACAUGACAAAAAGUAUGUGGACACCUGCUCGUCGAACAUCUCAUUCCAAAAUCAUGGGCAUUAAUAUGGAGUUGGUCCCCCUUUGUUACUACAACAGCCUCCACUCUUCUGGGAGGGCUUGAGACUAGAUGUUGGAACUUUGCUGCAGGGACUUGCUUCCAUUCAUCCACAAAAGCGUUAGUAAAAGUCGGGUACUGAUGUUGGGCGAUUAAGCCUGGCUCGCAGUCGGCGUUCCAAUUCAUCCAAAAGGUGUUCAAUGUGGUUUGAGGUCAGGGCUCUGUGCAAGCCAGUCAAUUUCUUCCACACCGAUAUCAACAAACCCUUUCUGUAUGGGCCUCGCUUUGUGCACAGGGCAUUGUCAUGCUGAAAUAGGAAAGGGCCUUCCCCAAACUGUUGGCAAGAAGUGGUAAGGACAGAAUUGUCUAGAAUGUCAUUGUAUGCUGUAGCAUUAAGAUUUGCAUUCACUGGAAUUUAGGGGGACUCACCUGAACCAUGAAACUGCCCCAGAUAGUUAUUCCUCCUCCACCAAACAUUACAGUUGGCACUAUGCAUUGGGUCAGGUAGCGUUCUCCUGGCAUACGCAAAACCCAGAUUAAUUCGUUGGACUGCCGGAUGGUGAAGCGUGACCCAUCACUCCAGAUAACGCGUUUCCACUGAGAGUCCAAUGGCUGUGAGCUUUCCACCACUCCAGCCGAUGCUUGGCAUUGCGCAUGGUGAUCUUAGGAUUGUGUGCAGCUACUCUGCCAUGGAAACCCAUUUCAUGAAGCUCCUGACAAACAGUUUUUGUGCUGACAUUGCUUCCAGAGGCAGUUUGGAACUCGAUAGUGAGUGUUGCAACCGAGAACAUACCAUUUUUAUGCGCUAUACGCUACAGCACCUGGCGGUUGCCUAGACGUUUCCACUUCACAAUAACAGUACUUAUAGUUGACCGGGGCAGCUCUAACAGGGCAGACAUAUGAUGAACUGACUAGUUGGAACGGUGGCAUCCUAUGACGGUGCCAUGUUGAAAGUCACUGAGCUCUUCAGUAAGACCAUUCUACUGCCAGUGUUUGUCUAUGGAGAUUGUAUGGCUGUGUGCUCGAUUUUAUACACCUGUCAGCAACAGGUGUGGCCUAUGUAGCCGGAUCUACUAAUUUGAAGGGGUGUCCACAUACUUUUGUAUAUAUAUAUAUCUCUUUCUCUCCAACAUCUGCCAUAACCAUUUUAAGCCCCAGUCAGGUAAAACACACUGCUUAUGCAAGGUUUUAUUACUACUUUAUAUGCAGUUUAGUUCAGAUUUCUAGAGCAGUCUUGGUAUGAAGAGAUUUUACACUAAGUUAUUUGUAAAGCAUCAGCUGUUAACAAUGGGUUCAGUACUUGGAAUGUUAACUAGAAUGUAUUUUAGUGCACUUUUUGUAAAUGAGAAAAUAACAAUAAUCGCUCAAUAAAUCAAAUACCUAUCGGAAAUGCUUUUUCUCAUUACCAUUCUCAUUUCCAUACACUAUAUAGU